CUGGAGGACUGCCAGCACACCGCCAUCGGCGGCGCCCUGGUGCGCGGCAUCAGCGGGGGCGAGGCCAAGCGGACUAACGUCGGGGUCAGCAUGAUCAACAGGCCCGCGGUACUGCUGUGCGACGAGCCAACUUCGGGAUUGGACAGCUGGAACGCGCACUCUGUGGUGUCGGCGCUGCGCGAGCUGGCGCUGGACGGCAUCGCCGUCUGCGGCACCGUGCACAGCACCUCGCCCGACACCUUUGCGCUGUUUGACCGCAUGCUGGUACUGCAGAAGGGGCGGGUGGUGUACUUUGGG